CUUCAUUAAAUUCCUCAACCCCCUCCCUCCUCUCUUUCUUCUUCUUCUUCUUUCCCUUCCCUUUCCUUCUAUUUUAUCUGAAUCCAAUGCAGGCAAUCAUGAUCUUGAUGUUGAAACUCCAUUAAUGUUCUUCGUGUUCUUCGUGUUCUUCGUGUUCGAAGAACCCUAAUGGAUCAUCUUCUUCCUUUUGCUUUGUUCUUCUCUCUUUUUCUUCUUCUUAUUCAAAGAUUCCCUCUGGUUUGUGGCCUCAAUUUUAGUUCUAAACAAGUUAGCAGCUUGAGAUUGGACAGGAUUCAAAGGCAUUUGGACACCAUUAACAAGCCUCCUCUUCUCACCAUUCAGAGCCCAGAUGGUGAUAUUAUAGAUUGUGUUCAUAAAAGAAAACAGCCUGCUUUGGAUCAUCCUCUCUUGAAGAACCACAAGAUUCAGAGAGGGCCAACAGAGUGGCCAAAAGGGAAGAAGGUGAAAGAGAAUGAAGAAGAUGUGAGGGAUGGGAGGGCAGGAUCAGGUGCGGGAGGUCCAUUUCAAACUUGGCGUGUGAACGGGACACGGUGUCCGAAAGGGAGUAUUCCAGUGCGACGCAGCACAGUAAACGACGUGCUAAGAGCCAAGUCAAUUUUUGACUACGGGAAGAAAAAACGACCGAUACUCCUUGAUCGACAAAUCGACGCUCCUGAUGUAGUCAGUGGGAAUGGUCACGAGCAUGCGAUCGCAUACACGGAAUCAUCAGAGAUGUACGGCGCGAAGGCAACAAUAAACGUGUGGGACCCGUCUAUUCAAGUGGUCAACGAGUUUAGCCUCUCUCAGGUUUGGAUCAUCUCGGGAUCAUUCGACGGCUCUGAUCUCAACAGCAUAGAAGCUGGUUGGCAGGUCAGUCCGGAGCUUUAUGGUGACAGCAGACCUAGAUUAUUCACGUAUUGGACGAGCGAUGCAUAUCAGGCAACCGGUUGCUAUAACCUGUUAUGUUCUGGAUUUGUACAAACAAACAACAAAAUCGCCAUCGGAGCCGCCAUUUCUCCGGUUUCUUCUUUUUCCGGCAGCCAAUAUGACAUUACCAUUCUCAUUUGGAAGGAUCCGAAAUUGGGAAGCUGGUGGAUGGGAUUUGGGGACAACACACUGGUCGGGUACUGGCCGGCGGAGCUGUUCACUCACCUGGGCGACCAUGCCACCAUGGUCGAGUGGGGUGGCGAGGUGGUCAACUCAAGGGCCAAUGGGCAGCACACUUCAACCCAAAUGGGCUCCGGCCAUUUCCCCGACGAUGGCUUUGGCAAAGCUAGCUACUUUCGAAACCUCGAGAUUGUUGAUAGCGACAACAGCCUCAGCGACGUUCAAGACAUCUCGAUCAUGGCUGAAAAUACCAAUUGUUAUAAUAUCAUGAGCUCGUAUAAUGACCAAUGGGGCACUCACUUCUACUACGGUGGUCCUGGUAGAAACCCCAAAUGUCAUUGAUCAUAUCAACCUCCAUAUCGCUCACUUCUGCAAUUAUUACGAUUUUUAUCUCAAAAUUUGACAGGGUGAAUCGAUUUUUAUCCUAAACUUUCAGUUUCAUGCAUUGAUGAAAUCGAAAGUUAUUAGUCGGAUGAAAUUGAAAAUUUAAGAUAAAAAUUGAUUCA